ACUGGACGAACCGCCAUUUGGAAAGCACAAACAAAAAGCAGACGCGCAGUUAUUUGGCUGUGGAGGAUAAGUUGAAACCCGGACAAAUAUUGACAAUACAGACAUGAGUGAACUGGCGGAGGAACUACUUGAGAGCUCUGCUGUGUCAGAGGAGGAGGUCGAGGAGCCAAAGAAGGGGGCGCAGACAGACCAGCCUGAGAAGAAGGGGCGCCUCAGAGUACAAGGUGAAAUCCUGGAGGGCAAGCGGACAAAGAAGACCAUAGAGAGGCUAGACUUCCAGAUCUCCAAACCAAAAGAGAAGUUGAAGGUUGAGGAUGGUGGAGGAGAUAAGUUAGGAGAUAUACCACGCACAAACUACCACAUUGGAAAGAUGAAGCCAGUGGAUCUGAAACCACUCCACACCAUACUGUUUGAUAGACCUGGAAAAAUGGCCACUAUGAGGAAGAACAUGCGUUUAUUUAACGGCUUUCCAUUUGAGUUGGACAGUGAGCCCUACAUCAAAAAGAGGGAAAAACUCCUCAGGACGUCGUCAUUCACCAACUCCAAGCUGAGAGUUAUCUGUAAGGUGUUGGAUUUGGAGAAGAAAGGAACCCAGUCUGAUCUGAUCGACAGGAUACUGACCUUUCUCAUUGCUCCCAAAAACAGUGGGAGGCCUCUGCUUUCAAAGAAGAAGAAAAGGUCAAAGAAGAACCUGUCGGGUAGCGACUCAAAGACCAAAACGAAAAAGAAGAGCAAACCCAAGCCCAAGAGAACGUCGACCAGCCCCAAGAAGUCCAAAGCAGGAAGCAAGUCCAAAGCCAUUGUCAUGGACUCCAGCAGUGAUGAUGAUGAUGAGGAGGAGGAGGAAGAGGAGGACAGGUCAGGGGUUGUGGAAGAUGAUGGCUCUGAUAAUGAGGAGAAACUGUCCAACAAAGAAGAGGAGCAGUCUGAGGAUUCUGCAGAUCAGGAGGAAGAUGAACAGAUACUUUAUCAUCAGUCUCCCAAGUCAAAACCAAGCAAAGGCAAGGCUGCAUCCAAGAAAUCCACACCAGUCAAAAGACCAAGGCCACCAGGGAAUAAGACGGCUCCACCCAAGAAGAGAGUGCGGAAAGAGGCAUCAGACCAGUCAGAAUCUGAUGCCGACAGCGACAGUGAGCCUGAGGAAAAGCCCAAAAAGAAGGCAACAGCAAGGAGAGGACCGCCAGCCAAGCCAGCUGCCAAGACCAAGAAAGCAGAUAGCAGCAGUAACAGCAAAAAGACUGCAAGCAAAGUAACGGAGGACAGCUCGGACGACGAUGAGCCGCUCAUUAAGAUGAUAAAGAAGGACCCGUCUGAUGAGCAGCUGAAGGAGACUGUGCAGAGCCUCCUGAAGGAAGCCAACUUGGAGGAGAUGACCAUGAAACAGAUCUGCCAGAAGGUAUAUGACACAUACCCAGAGCACGACCUCACCAGCAGGAAGGACUACAUCAAACAGACAGUCAAAUCAUUAAUCACCUGAGGAUGCAGCGAAGUGUGACAGCAGCUGAGCAGGGAUUGAAUGUCAAUAUUUGAAGAGGAUGAAUCGGUGAACAUUUUGAAGCUACGUCACUGAUUAACAAGUUGUUUUUGCCUGUGUUGAUUUCACGUUGCCUCAUCCUGUCAGAUGAGCAUUUUGUUAAUGUUUUGUCUUUUUUUUGUGUUUAGGUGUAAUUCACUAACUGAAUAAUUUGUUAAAUGAACUCACUGCUCUCCUACAGUUUAUUCAGCGGGUCAGUGACAGACGAUUGGCUUUCCAAGACCGGUUUAAGGUUCUUUAUGCACAAAUUCUUCAGUCAUGACCAAAUCCAAGGCAAAGUUUUGAUUUAUUAAAAGAAUAAGAAAACUACAAAUCAGUAGGUAAUAUUUCCUACAACUUUCUGCCAAGUUUUAAAUUUUUAAACUUGCCUCUCACUUCUGUAGGUUUGAUGUAUACUUUUCCUUUUUUUUUCCUCUUUUUUUCUUUUAACCAUGCUCCUGGGAAAUAGCACUAUGUGAUCUAGGACAAGUCAAAAAAACUUUAUAAUGUGGCCUUAAUCAUCUGGUCUGCUAUGUUUCAGUAUAUCACAGUUCUCAGUUAAGUAUUGGUCAACAGACUGAAAAAAAUUUUUUUUUCAACCCAGGUCAGUUUUGUUUAAUUUUUGUUUUUUUGGCACUUGCAUGAGUCUUAACUAAUGAAGGUAUUUGAAUCCAUGAUUUAAGGAUGUAAACACUGAACUAAAAUGAGCUCAACAUUUUGAAGGUCACGGUGUAGGUUGGGAUUUUUUUUAUACAUAUUUGAUCUUUUAUAGUGUCCACCAACUCUGUUUUCAAUGGCUUUGGUUGCCUUCAUAAUUCUUUUUUUUUCUGCUUUUAAUUUGUAUAUGAGUUUUUGAAAUUUUUUAUUAUUUUUGAUUGACACCUGUUUCAGCCAAUCAUUUUUUGGCCCAUUUGUUCAAGCAGAAGGGUUUUCUUUUGUCUUGGGUUUAAUUGGUAAAAAGUUGGAUGUUUUACUCAGUGUUAAUUUUUCAAAGAUAUGGCUAAGGUUGCGCUAAAUAGUUAACCUGCAGAUUAAAGUUGACUUUUUUGAUAAAAAAAAAA